AUGCAUGGGUGGUGGGCAAUGCUGGCGGCGGCGGGCAUCCUGAUCCCGGACCUGCUGGUGCGGUGUGGCUUCAUCAACACCGGCUACUUGUGGUUCGACGCCGGGUCCCGCGAGUACUUCGUGGACCCAUGGACGCUCUUCGUCUUGCAGAUGGCGCUAGUGGGGUGGGCAGAGAGCCGGCGGUGUGCAGACUUCCUCAGGCGCAGCUGCGUUGACAUUGAGCCAUGCUUCGCAAACCGCAAGAACCCCGUCCUUGACAUCGGGUACCCCGGUGGCGUCUGGUUCGAUUGGCCCAACUGGGGCUGGCAUGGUGUUGCGCUGUCGCACCCGGUUUUCCAAAGAAUACCAGGCGCUAACUAUAUGUGUGCCCAGGAUGUCCACACAACACAUAUAGUGACAAAUAUGGAGAAUAUCAAGAACAAUGCUUUAUUACAUAUUGAAACAUAG